GGAGCGCUUUCUCCAAUAUCUUCAUCUAUGUCCCGCAAAAAUGGCAUCCAAGAGCGCAGCUCUGCACACUGGACCAGUGUACUCUUUAGGUCAAUCAGAGGCGCCCUUCCCCCAUCCUCAUCGUGUUAAAUAUUAAAUUGUUCAAGAGCUGCUGCCAUGGUAUGAAGUGCGCUGUGUAGCUUUUGGAGCAGGAGGGGGGUGGCAAACCCUCGUUACUCAAGCUGUACGCGGCCCCAUUGCAAACGCGGCUGGACAUUUUAAGUGUAUAGUAACUCUACUUGCAGAGCAUGACCCAAGAUCCAGCAAAUCAAACAAAGAAAUCUUGUCCAGAUUGAAGGCUCCGCUCUUCAUCAUCGUGCAUAGGCAUGGGCUUCUCUACGGAAGUUCUCCUGUCUCCGUCGUCACUCCCUGCUGAGUUCUUCUGCCCCAUCUGUCAUGACGUUAUCUCCCCCCUUGAUGCUGUUCAGACCCCCUGCGGCCAUAUGGCUUGCGGCCCCUGCCUCUCCCAGUCGCUACGCAUGGUUGGGCCGGAGUGCCCCUCUGAUCGGACGCCCCUGACGGAAGCAGAGUUGAAGUCCGUGAGAGAGCACAACCCGCUGGUGUACCGCAUCAUGGGCCGGGCUCAGGUCAAGUGCGAGAACGCGGAGGGGGGGUGCGAGUGGCGGGGGGAGCUGUCGGAGCUGGCGAUCCACCUGGCGGGGUGCCCCCAGGCGAUGGUGCGCUGCAAAGACUGCGGCGCCAAGGUGCCCCGGGAACAGAUGGAUGUGCACCACUUCCAGUGCAAUAGGCAGUGCGAGGACUGUUUGGAGAAGGACAUUGAGCUCGCCGAGUACCGCCAGGAGCUGGUCCGCGUGCGGGCCGCACUGCGCAAUGCCAAGGGCGAGAUUGAGGACCUGCGUGCGCAAUUGAACCGGAUCAACCGGGCCGGCUCUCCAAGCCCAACGAUACCCUCCCCCUCCGGCCGGGGCUUCGUGCAGAGCGAGCAGCGGAGUUACCCGACCAUCCAAACAGAGGCCGUCGCGCGGCAGCGUAGCGUUUCGAACGGGAUGACGUUAGUGAGCGGCAUGACGUCAGCGAAGGGCCACGUACGGAGGAGUAGCGCGCCGGACGGGAGGACGGCUGGUGGGGGGGUGGGUUCGCGGGCACGGGUGUACCCCCUUCAGCACUUGCCGCCGAUGUCAAGAAACGAACUCCGGGCGGGUCUGGGGCUGGAACCGAUUGAUAGCAAUGACGAUAACGACUUCGACCGAUAACGUCUUAACCAGGACAGCCGUAUGCACACUGAUCCGCAGUAGGAUGUUUCGAUAUUAUUGGUCAGACGGAUGGAAACCAACAGAGAGUUUCUCACAGUAUGUGGUGUCCAACUUGACCUGUACAUGCAGCGGACUCGUGCCUUAAUUUGCUCACCAAGCGAAUAUGAGGGACACUAAGGAAGAAACAAAGGAGGAGACUAACGUCAACACGGAUGGUAGGCUCGAUACAGAAGCUAAAGGUAAUUGAAAGAACAUGUCAAGGUAAGUCGAGGUAACAUAACUUUUUCGAAGACUGUAUUAAGGUGUGCACGCAUUUUAUGGUCCUUGAUUGGUCAGUGCCUGUACUUAAGUCACCUCUCCUGUAUCCGGCCUGGACUCACCGUCUGUAAUUUGAGGGGCCCGGUUGUUCAUUAUUGACGACCAGAUGUCCGAG